AUGUCGGAAAGAGUGGCUGAGAUGGCGGCUGCCGCGAUCAACGUCUUGUCACGACCUCCUACUCGAGCAAAUACCAUAUUUGAACGAACAUUAGGCAUGUUGUCAUCGACACGUGCGAAUAACCGGAAACGGGGUAGAAACCCCAAGACAUGCAGUUGGCAUGUGUUUUUGCUGAACAAAGCCUAUGAAUACCUGCCACCAACAACAGAGCUGGAUAGGUUAAAUAGAAACCUGCUGGGAUCACCAAUGUCUGAAAGACCUGGCCUUUUGGAAACAAUGAAGAAGAAGUCAGAGUUUUCACUCAAUAUAACUAUGGAAGAGUUAGAAGACCAGCUUAUAGCAAAAUACCCUGAUGUUCCUUUAGCCAGAAUAGGAUUCCAUCUGGCAAGGGUCAAUGAAGGGAAAAAAAUUGAAGUCAUACGGGCAAAUACAGUUGAUGGAGUGAGACACCUUGUGAAAAAUGGAAAGUUAUGGCUUAUUCCAAAGCGGGAAAUUUCCUUGCCUCUGUCUGAGAAUGCGGAUGAUAGUGUUGCUAAUGAAGAGUCUAGAGAUACAGAAUUGUGUGAACUCGACAAUGUGACAGAAGGAGCUGAUAACAGAGAAGGAGCUGACAGAGCUAGGGCAGGAGAGGAUCAGAGUGAGGAUGACUUUGUUGUUCCCCCAUUAAGAAGACUGCGUCGUAGAGUAGGAACACGCAGGGCAGCUAUUAGAUGUCGUAAUACUGUUGCUGAGUAUGCAGCAGCUGUACAUCGAAGAAUUCCUGAAAACAGUAGUUCUACACAGAAUUUGAUUUCCACAAGUAAUGAAUAUAUAGAGGUCCUCGACAGCGAAGAUGAGGAAUUGCAGCAGGUCUUAGAUGCCAGUUCAAUGGAGAUAAUUAAUCAACCUCUGACUCCAGAAACUGGUAAAUCUUUUUCUGACCUACUGUUAGAGUAUCAAGGAAAAGUGAAUCUGUUUGACACACAGGAAAUCAUCAUUUCUAGGAGAAACGUUCUCAAAAGCUGCUUUAGGGCUCUGAGGCGACCCUCGUUUGAUCUGAAUUGUAAACUAUAUGUGAAAUUCAGCGGGGAAAUGGGGAUGGACCAUGGUGGGCCCAGGAGAGAGUUGUUUAGAUUGGCUGUGAAUGAGCUUAUGGCCUCCAGUCUCUUUGAAGGACCGGCCAAUGGGAAAACCUUCGCACAUAACAUCCACAACUUGGAUACUAAAGAAUACCAAUUGGCUGGCCGCCUGGUUGGUUUGAGUUUGGCCCAAGAUGGUCCUGGUAUCAGUUUAAAUCCUGAUUUAUACCAGCUUAUGACACGAGGACCUGAUGUCAACGUUAACACAGCAUUUGAUCUGGAUCUUAUUCCAGAUGAGGAUGCUAGAAAUAAACUAAAACAGCUGAAGGAAGUUCGCAAUGCUGACGAGAUGGACACCUUUCUGGCAGCAAAUGGUGAGUGGAUGCUGGGGCAAGGUUUCACCAAUACAUGGAGGUUGAAGUUUACCGAGGUCAACAGAGCAGUGGCUACCCUCAUAAAGCAACUAAUUUUCUACAGAACUUCAGCUGAGAUAAAUCAGUUCACCAGUGGUGUGAAUGAAGUGUUUGGACUGUGGGAUACAGUCAAAAAAGACCCUGCAUGUUGGAGUGCAGUUUUCUGCACUCCUAAUAUUCUCUUGAGCAAAGAAAGCUUUAUGGACCAAUGCUCCAUAUCUUGGAGCUUGGCAGGGAGUAAUCGUCGGCUGAAAGAAGAAGAAAGUAUUUACUCUUGGGAGGUGUUCCUCCAAGACAUCGGAGAAAAAACUGUCCCCCUGACAUUUGAAGAGCUGUUAGUUUUUUGCACUGGAGCCGACAAAAUUCCUCCUGCUGGAUUUCCCAGCAAAAUCUCAAUAAUGUUUUAUGAAGUUGACGCUGAGGAAACUCGCCUUCCCUCAGUAUCAACAUGUGCACUGCACCUAAAUCUGCCACGUGGAUCAACUCCUGAAAAUUUGACUUCAUUAUUUCUUCGGGCUGUAAAGGAGUCUGAGGGCUUCGGUAAAAUUUGAUAUUUAAAAACUGCCAGAGUCAAUAUGAACAAUGAUCAUUCCUAUGAAGGCUGCAAUUUUAUAAUAUGUGAGAUGGUAUCUAUAGGAACAUUUAUCAUUCCUGUGAAGGCUGCAAUUUUAUAAUAUGUGAGAUGGUAUCUAUAGGAACAAUGAACAUUCCUGUGAAGGUUGCAAUUUUAUAAUAUGUGAGAUGGUAUCUAUAGGAACAAUGAACAUUCCUGUGAAGGCUUCCAUUUUUUAAUAUGUGAGAUGGUAUCUAUAGGUAAAUUUAACAUUCCUGUUAAGGCUGCAAUUUUAUCAUAUGUGAGAUGGUAUCUAUAGGAACAAUGAACAUUCCUGUGAAGGCU